CGUUUUGGAGCAGAACGGGUUAAGGCCGACUGACUGACUGACUGAGCAGCCCUCCCUUCCUCCAUCAGCCUCUUCCCUCGGUUCACUUUACUGGCCUUUAACAAGGGGGGGUUCUGUUGCCAGCGAGGUUGGCGCCCGGGACUUUUUUUUUUUGGGAUAUGUACCAACAACUCCUAACCGGAUAGGCCUCCUCCACAGAACGAAACAACAAAAUCACAAAGGCAAAACUUUGCGGCGCUUGACGGAGUUGGACGUCUGGUGUAUUUGAACCAUAUUCCAAAACUAUCAACACUGGAAGCAUGCGGAGAUGUCGAGGGGAGGACAACUACCGAUAGGACCCCACAGUUGGGACUUUUAUGUCAAGCAAUGAGAGGUUAACAAAACUGUAACAGGAGAUUGCUGAACUUUUCGUCUUUGUGGCAAACAUUGCACUCCUUAUCAUAAACAAAAGUGCAUCCAUCGUCAUCACCCCACACCCAAAGUCAUCAUGACGACCUCUUCUUUACGGCGCCAGAUGAAGAACAUUGUGAACAACUACACGGACGCGGAGAUCAAGGUCAGGGAGGCGACGUCCAAUGAUCCGUGGGGUCCUCCAUCCUCGCUCUUGAUGGAAAUCGCAGACCUGACGUUCAACGUGGUGGCGUUCACUGAAGUCAUGGGCAUUAUCUGGAAGAGGCUCAAUGACCAUGGCAAGAACUGGCGGCACGUGUACAAGGCCCUCACUCUGCUGGACUAUCUGAUCAAGUCCGGAUCAGAGCGAGUGGCUCAGCAGUGCAAGGAGAACAUCUACGCCAUCCAGACUCUGCGGGAUUUCCAGUACAUCGACCGGGAUGGGCAGGACCAGGGCAUGAGCGUCCGGGAAAAGUCCAAGCAGCUGGUGGCUCUGCUCAGGGAUGACGAGAAGCUCAAGCAGGAACGAUCACAGGCACUAAAGACCCGCGAGCGCGUGGCAGGAAGUGGUGGUUAUGGAUCUUUACCGCCUCCCUAUCCGGGACGCCCCACCAGUCAACCCAGCAUGGAAGCACUGUAUGGUGAAGAGCAAAGCAGGCCGAGGGGCUCACCUUCCUCCUUCAACUCCUCCUCUUCCUCUCCUCAUCUGGCCCCAGAUCUGGAGCGGGCCCGGCCGCAGACGAGCGGGGAGGAGGAACUUCAGCUGCAGCUGGCCUUGGCCAUGAGCCGAGAGGAGAGCGAGAAGCCCGCUCCAGUUGUGGAUAUUGAUGAACAGACACAGCUUCAGAUCGCAAUGAGUCUCAGUAAGGAGGAGGCGCACAAGCCAGCUCCUCCUCCUCCUGCUGCUGCUGCUGUUGCUCUGGACAUGGAUGAAGAGGCUCAACUUCAGCUGGCUCUGAGUCUCAGUAAAGAGGAACAUCAGCAGGAACAGCGAAGUCGCCAGGGAGACGAGUCGUUGCUCCAGAAAGCACUUGAGGAGAGCAAACGAGAAAUGGAGGCCAAAGGAGCAGGAUCUGCCAUGUUGGAUCUUGCAGAUAUUUUUGCUCCAGCUCCUGAUGUUCCCUCUGUUGCCAAACCUUGGGACUCAUCUGCCGGGCAUAGCGCUUUAGCCCAGGCUGGUCCUCUGAGAUCCGACCCCUGGGAUAGUCUGGCAGAGCCCAGCUCUUUAAGCCACGGCCGUGGAAGCUCAUGGAUGGCACCGCCUGCAUCAAGUGUUCGUUCCCAGCCUUGGUCCCAGCCGCAGCCACAUCCUGACCCAUGGGACGCCCCUCAGAACGCCUCAAGCCCUCUGUCCAUCAGUCAGACUUGGAUCUCCUCUGCACAUGGAACUGGAGUGGAUCCAUUUUCUCCCCCAGUUGCAGACAUACAAGGAUCUAUCGGGCCUCUCAAAACUCCCUCCCCUCGUGCAGCAAGUCCCUCAGAUGAUGAUCUAUUUGAUGAGGCUAUGGACGGAGGUCAGGCAAAUGUAAAUGGCCACGGUAGUCCUGAGCCUUUCAAUAUGUCUUCCCUUGGCGAAGGUCUACCAAAAACAGCUCCUCUAACCUCCAGUACUCCAGAGGCGUUUCUGGGUCCCACCGGAGCAUCACUCGUCAACUUGGAUUCUCUGAUACCCUCCAACCCUCCUUCCAAGAACUUCAACCCAUUUUUAUCAGGCCUGAGUGCUCCAUCGGCCUCUAAUCCAUUCCAACACGAACCACAACCCCGCCUCACACUUAAUCAGAUGCGUCCCAGCUCCACAUCCCCUUUGCCUACAUCCCUCCCAUUUAAUCCCUCUCUACCCAUGGCUGCCAGCAACCAGCCCAGCUCCCUGCCUAGUACCUUCACACAGUCUGCACAGGUCCCGCCGCUGAUCCCUGGACACCUCCCUCAACCGCUGCUACCCCUGUCAACGACAUCCACGCUUGGAGAUCCAGACCAACACAAUCAGAAUCCGUUCCUAUGAAAGACAGCGUAAGCAGAUCCAAACAAGCUUUUGAAAGGACAAUUUAACCACCGACUUGACUUAAAACUGGAACACACUUUUUUUUAAUGUCUUUGCUUCUUUCACAGCUUCCUGGUUUUGCUCUAUGCAGUCACUCUUAAGAGGCGUUCACACAUACAGCGGUUUCCAGUGACAAAAACCAUUUGUGUUCAACAACGGCAGCCUUUGGUAAUGCAAUGUGGCAAAGUUGAGAAAAGUUCAAUAUUAUGCACGAGUGUCCAUGCAAUGUUGAGAGCAAUAGACACUGGCGCACACAUGAUCCAUCUCCUGUGAGAUACUGUAGUUAAGUGUUGUAAGAUGGAGAAAUUUGGUAAGGCCCAGGCACACCAAACCGACAUCAAAGAACUAGUGGCAACGAAAACCAACUGUGGUGUUGCCUCAUGUCGCCUGCGUCUGGGCCAAAACGUGUUUAAACACAAUGCAAAGACUACAGCCAACUGGCACAUUCAUUCUGCACCUGUGUGCGAGGAAAUAACUCUCCAUACCAGCAGGUGGCAGUAGUCUGUAUUUGGCAUUCAAAUAGGGAAACUGGAAGAACUGCGGAUUUACAAACCGUAAACAAACUUUGCGUUCUAUUCUGAAGAGCUCCUCCCUAUGCCCUAAUCCCUUCAAAGGGUUUACUCUUUGGAGUGAGAGCUUCAAAGGGAUGAUGGGUGUAGUAGUGGACCAAAAAAACUUUCCUUGGAACGCUGAGCCAAUUAAGAAGGCAUUGUCAUUGCACAAUUGUGUACGCUGCUUAAAGAAUUAUGGGAGAAAAGUGUUUAUCAGUUGUACCCUUCAAAAUCCUUAAUUCCGAAGGGGCCUUUUAAGUGGCAAGUUUUGAACACUUUGGUUUGGAACGACCUAGUCUCGUGUAGCCAGACCUUCAGACUGAAGGCAGAAGGUCUGGACUCAAUCGCAGCUUUCAUUGGGCAGACCGGCAUGCAUCUAAUAAAUUAUUCAUUCAAGAACAUCGUGCAAGUUUACUACAACAAUGGAGCCACGAACUUCACAUACAAAAUCCAGCAUUUAGAUCCUGAAGUGCUCAUAGUCACAGUUGUAAACACAACAGCAUUCUUUUUCCAUGAGGGGGUUUGGCUUCACGGCAUUUGUUUCAAGGCAGACCUUUAAAGAACGGGACACGCACGUCUCCCGGACAUCCUGUAUAAUUCAACCAACCAGGUGAAGACUACGAAGACCCUGAAGUGUUUCUAGUUAAGUGCUAUAUGCAUCAGACGUUCAGACAAACUAGGAACGACCCUUCACUAGGGGCUUUUAUAGGAACUUGCAGCCACGGUGGUCCCCCGAGAACUAAAUGUUCCCCUUUGACCAUUUUCCUGGUUGCAUUCACACCGCCAGUAGGAACUCUGAAGGGAUGUAAGCAGUUACUAACAAUCCUGCUGCUCUCGUUGUUGUGUGGAACUUUUAUUUUGACGGAGCUGAGAACGGCUUAGCCAGAGCUUGAGCACACAGCACUGAUAUUCUCCAUCUUCAUUAGUUUAUGAUCUGUUUUAACAGUUUUAUAUGUUAUUAGAUGGAACUGUUAAACAAAGGAAGUAAACAGUAUGCAAAAAAGUUUUCCAUCUAUCACUGUUUUCCAUGUUCGUGGAAUAAAUAUAUAGGCUAUAAACUCUGUGUUUACAGAGCCAAUCAAAUUACGUCACUGGUAGUUCCUAUUGUGCUGGGUUAGACUCUACUCUGAAGUAGGAGCCCCCCUCAUUCGUUCCCAGUUCCUGUGGUGCGAAUACGGCCAAAAAUUGGGUACUUCCACCAUCACUUAUAAGAACUAUGAAAAGGUUCCUCCAGUGCAAAUAAUUCUACAUGACAGGAUUGUUCUCACUCCAAAGUGCCAUUCAGGGGAGGAUUUAACUUGUUUUGGAUGCAGCCUUCUGUGUGCCGUUUUUACUUUGCCAUUUGUUUGCUAUCGUCACUUUCGUUUUUUAAUAACAGUAAUCGUGUAAAAAGAAUCAAUUAUGAAACCAGCUUUAAAGCAGCUUUAAAAAAGACAGUGGAGUCAUUAUUCUGCUCAAUUUAAUGCGAUGUUGAUUCAAUUGUUUACCGACACUACGUCCCAGAUGUGAUCAUAUUUUCAAAAGAUUUUGACAGAUAACAUUAGGGCAUCCAGCAACAAGAACAACAACCACAGCCACCAAUACAGCCACUCGUCGACCUCCAGUCAUAAACCACUGUAUGUGUGAACGCCCUUUAUUUAUGAUCAUGUGUCACUGUCAACUAUGCAUUACAUGGCAAUACAGAUUGAUGCUGGCUUUAUAGGAAAUGACAAAUAAAUGACACAAUUUAAAAGUUGAGAAUAUUUAAUCCAACCCCUGCUACAUCAGUAUCUCCUUUAAACACCACAUAUUUUAAUAUUAUAGUAGAUUUGGAAAGGACAACGCACUUGUUACUUGUAUCAUCAAACCUAUUACAUAACUAAGCACAAGUCCAAUGCCACUUAUCAUAUUCUGAUUUCUCACACCAAUUUCUUUAGUGUCCCCUUAUUGGUCUGGAGUAUCUGAUGACUUUCAAUGCUGUUCUUUUCUUUACUGAUAUCUGUAAAUUGAACACAUCCUGAUGGGUCACUCUCACCAGUAUGAAGGGGCCAAUUGGGGUCAAUAAUUUAAGCAGCAAAAUGUAAAGUAUAAUGAUUUUGUAAUAUUGGGCAUUGACUGUUGAAUGAAUAGACCUCCAGCAAGAGAAUGUACUUACCGUGGUUUUCAGAAUGAAUUGAUGCCACAUACUAACAGAAUGUAAGAAUGUGAGACUUGCACAUGACAUGUUGUUCAUCGAAUACAAGGAUGGAGAUGAAACCGAA